GCCAUAACUUGUAUACAACCACAAUCUGUGUACACAACGCAGCAAGUCAGUUCCUUCUGUUUGACCAACGCAAAGCCAUCUUCAGAGAGUUCUUUGCCAUGAGGUGCCAUGUUGAACGUCCAGUGAGAGAGUGACAGCUGGGAUAGGCUCUAGCAACACCCACAACCCUUGUGAGGAUAAGCAGCAGUGGAAGUCCUGGUAUUGGUCAUGACACAGCAGGAGCAGCAGGAGUUCACGGAAAAGCUGGAGACAGCCUUCUCGUGGAUGCGGGCCAUCCAGGAGAGACUAAAGAGCAAUGACAAUACCCAGGGUCCCCGUGAGGCCCUGGAGGCCAGACUGAGGGAGACAGAGAAAAUCCAUCAGUCUGCACAUGAAGGUCAGAUGAAGAUGGAGUUAGCACUGGUGGCAGCAGACAACCUUUUGCAGAGUACAGAUGAAGAGCUGAGGAACCAAACCCACGCUAAACUCAAAGAUCUGAAAAACUUGUGGGAUGAGACCCAUACAUAUAUCACCCACUGUCACAGUCGCAUUGAGUGGGUGUGGCUUCACUGGAGCGAGUACCUCAAGGCCUGUGAAGAGUUUGAAGUGUGGCUGAUAAGCAGACAGCGCAGCCUGGCAGUUGAAGUGGAGCUACAACUGGGAGUUAAAGAGAAGCUUUGGCAGUUGGAUCAGCACAGGGUGGUGGUGAGCGAUGUACAAGGCCAGGCGGCGCUUCUAGAGAGGUUGCUAGAUGAGGCAUCUGCACUGUACAGUCGAACUCAGGACCCCAGUCUAGAACCCCAUGCCUUGGAGAGACUGCAGGAGGCCUAUAAUGAUGUCCGAGAUGGAGCUGAGGAGCGCCUGUCACAGCUUCAGAAGAUUGUUGAGGAGCACGAAAACUACCAAAGCCGUGUUCAGAAGUUCCAGUCCUGGCUGCUGUCAAAAACUAAAGAACUGACUGAUCUGAUGGAGAGGGAGGAUACAGCAGAGAACAGGCUCAAAGCCUUACAAGCUCUGGAUGACAGCGUUGCCUGUGAGGAGAAAACCCUACAGCAAAUUGAAGGCUUGGUGGAUGCUGUCAAGGCCAAGACAUCUCCUGCUGGUGGGGAGAUGGUUAUAGAGGAGGCGGAGGAGUUGAGGCUGGGUUGGCAGAGGUUGAGGCAGGGCCUGUGUGAAGCGGAAGAGGGCCUGCAUUCCAGCCUGGACUCCCAGAGUCAAUACAUGGCCAGGUGCCAGCAGCUGGGAGAAGACAUUGGCCGCCUGAGGGUGUUUCUGCAGGGGCUGGACCAGGAACUGAAGGGGACCCACGAGUCCAGGGAGCACACUGACCACACUGAAGAACAGAUGGUGGGCCAGUGGAGGAAAUACACGGGUGUGAGGAAUACUCUCGCGGGGGAGGAAUCUCAAGUGGACCAUCUUAAGACUCAGCUCAAAGAACUCUUCAGAUUCUCCGGGGACUCACGCCAUCUUUCUGAUGAUGUCCUGGCUGUUGUCAAAGAGCAUCAGAGUGUGAAAUGUCGAGCAACCAGGCUGUGUUCAGAGUCAGAGUCGGGGCUGAGAAACAUACUUCAAGACCCGUUGCUGGUGUAUGCCCAGUGGAGCCACAAGGUGUCGCAUGUGUUGGAGGCUUCUGCUGAGGUCACCGACUUCUCUCACACUGCCAUGUUGGUCCAGAACAUAGAGCGUCUGCUGAAGGACAGUGUCCAGUUACAAGAACGCUUCAGCCUGCUGCAGGUAAAGAGGGACCUGCUGGACUCUGUGUUUGGUCCUGAGAGAUCUGAUGGUCUGCAAGGAGAGCUGAGCACUGCCAUUAAGAACAGAGAGCUGCUGCACACUCAGCUGCUGCAGAGGAAGAGCAGGCUAGAGGGCCUAAUUUCAAGAACCAAGGACUUAGGUAAUGCCUUUGAUCAGAUUACAUCCGAACUGGGCAGUUUCAGGGAUCGACUGGUGAUAGCUGAUGGCCUUCACCCUGACAUUCUUACCAAAAGAAGCCAGUCAGACCAGUUCAAGGUAAUCCAGAAGGAGCUAGAGGACUUUCAAGGCCAAAUUAUGGCACUGGAAACUCUGAUCUCCUCUAGUCAGAGCAAUAGAACGCAGUUUGAGAAGCUUUGUUGUGAAUGGAAGCAUCUGCACAAGGAAGUCACUGCAAAAGUGCUUGAGAGUAAAAAGAACAUUGAAGACCACGAAAGCUUCCAUGACAACCUGCUGAACCUGGAGAAGUGGCUGAUGGUCAUGAAGCAGAAGAUGGAGUCCUUCCACAGCCCCUCAGGAGAGUGGAGCAUAAAGGGCCGCCAGUAUGAAGCGGAGAGAGAACUCGUGGAAUUCCCAGAGAAGGAGCUUCAUCUGCAGCAGUUGGAAGUUCAGGGUCAGGGAGUUUUGGAGAAGACUUCAGAGGAGGGACAAGUCCAUAUUCUGCGAGACUUGAAGCGCAUAAGAGACGCAUGGUUGACACUGUACAACAUGCAUCUCAACCUUCACAGGCUGCUGAACAGCUCCACAGACCAGACACAGUCUGGUGUAGGAGAGGUUCAUGGAGAAGGAAGCCUGCUGAGAAAGGAGGAAGAGGGUGCAGUGACAGGGCAGGCUGGGUUCAUUCAGGACCAAAGGGAAGGCUACACCAUAUUGCCUGGAAAAAGCAAUGACAAUCUAAUCCCAUCUAAGACGGUCAGUGGCCACUCCUACCAAGAAGAUGAAAAUGAUUCCUUUGACUAUAGCCUUCCCAGCAGAGCAGUAGAUUCUGCUACUGGAAGACCUGAGAGUGAAAAGCCAACAGAAGGUGAGAGCGGAGCCUUGGAUGGAGAUGGAGGAGCAGAAUCGUCCACACUGGCCAGCUAUGAUGUGGAAGGAAGAAUGGACUCCAAAGAAGACAGCAUGGAAGCAAGGAAAGGAACAUCUGUGCGGUUCAGAGGGGACUCGGGCAAGAAGUCAUCGAUGACAGCAAUAAAACACACAACGGAAAGUAAAUCACACUAUGAGUCCAGGAGGCAGAUGUUUGAGGACUGGCUGUCCAAAGAGAAUGAGCUUCUCUCAGGGCUACUUAAUACCAAGGAAUCAGCGCUCAGUGCCAAAGAGGUCAAAAUGAGACAGGAUACGCUCAAGGCUCUGAGAGCCAGGGUAAGCUGGGGUCAGGAGAUGUUUCAGCAGUUGCUCCAAGAGAGUCAGGACAUUGAUACUGGCUCUGAAUCAGCUGAGGAUAUGGGCCUGGAAGAACUUCGCUACCGUUGGAUUCUCUACAAGUCGAAACUUAAAAAUAUGGGAGGCAUCAAGGCUAAGACAAGUACCAAGCAGAAGCCUGGCUUGCUGCAGCGGGUGUGUCGGCUGGCUCUUCCUCUGUGGCUCCUUCUCCUGGCCUUGCUGCUCCUAGCCUUCCUACUGCCGCUCAUGGAUGAAGGCAGCAGCUGCUCCCUCUCCAACAACUUUGCCCGAUCCUUCAACAUCAUGCUCCGUUAUGAUGGACCACCACCAACAUAAGAAACCUCUAACACCUCGAAUCUCUUCAUACUGCACCGUGUACCUGCAAAGGGCCUUGGAUAAUAUUGGGAAUGUUGAUUUGGCUAUGUACAAUCUUACACUCAUGCGUGACUGUAACAUUAUAUAGACAGACACACAUACAUUAGCUUUAGUUCAAGCUAAAAUCUGAGAAGUUCUUAUUUAUCUUAAAUAUGUGUAAAAUACCAAGGAUUAACUAAACUCAAUAGGACUACAGAUGCUUAUUCUUAGAAUUUAGAAAUACCGCAACAUACGUACUAAAGCUUCAACUUUUGUACAUCAGAACUUCAAAUGACUACAUUUUAAUCAUCAACAUUACUCACCAAAUCAGUGCCAGCUAGAAGGCACUUUUUAUGGCGGCUCAUGGAGAAAUAUUUACAUUUUACUUUCUCAUUUUAGAUUAGUUUGACAUUAUAACUAGUCAUCAUGUAUUAAUGACAUGUUGACUCAUGUUGUCAUUAAUUCAUGGUGUUUUAUUAAUGCUUGAGUCCAACUGAAGUAAAUUACAAAAGCUCAGUAAAUACAUUGUUUAAGUAGUAUCUACAGAGAGAUCAUUGUGGCAUACAGUGGGUUAAAGUCGACUAUCCCAGAGGUGUGGUACUGGGGCCUUGUUAUGAUAAAUUACAAAGCACUGCCAGUGUUUUAAAAACAUUAACAUGUUUAUUAUACCCAUAUUCUUUAUAUAUAGACAUGAAUGAGUGUGAUGAUAUCCAUAGGAUUUGAAGAACUUCUAGGUGGUGCCAGACUCCCGACUUAUUCCUGACUCAUAUAUAACAGGCUCAAUAAGUUGAGCUGAGUAAGUGAUGCAUGCACAUCCAACUGUAAUGGUGCUUGUUAUUCAAACUGGCCACAGCAUUAUGGUGAACAUCCAACCUUGAUAGAAUUUUAUCGGGUUAGUUACAUAAAUGUAUACCCAGCUAUAUUCAGCUAUAAACAGCCACAGGGAACUAUUGAAUCAGCCUCAAGAAGCCUUUUGAAGGAACUGCAGUAUUUGCACUUCUGCUUUAUUUUUCUGCCCCAAAGGUAGCAUAAACAAAGUUUCGUAUAUAGUAAUAGGUGAAAUGUAAUUCCUUAUAGAAGGAAAAUAUUCUGUUAUAACAUGAAUGUCAAAAGUUGAACUAAAAAAAAUUGGUUCGUCGUUGUCAUGGUGACUUGUAUUUGCCUUUUUCUGUUGAAAUGAGUACUGUACAACAUAGCCCCAUUUUAAAUCCUGAAUACGGGCUCCACUGAUAAAAUGUUUACAUCAUUUAGAUCUGUUUUAAAGUAGCCUCAUCUGACGGUCCUAUUCACAAGUCUCAGCCUUGUGAGAAAUGACAUUUUUUCCUCCUUCUGGAAGAGACCCAAAAAGGGCCGCUGUAUACAUUGGCUCUAUGCCAUAGAUUGAGGGUUUAAAAAGACAGUAUGCUGUAUUUAAAAUAAACUGACUGUCAUGGAAAACCAGCCAUUUGAAAAGAACCAAACUGAAACAAAGCUCUAAUCUUUACUCAACCAAAUAGUUAGAUCCAGUUCCAGAUAGCAUACGUUGCUGUCUGGAACAGCUGCGUGUUGCAGUCUUUCACAUGAAAGUUGCUGUACAGUGAUGACUGUUCAUGUUACUCACAGAAUUGCCAUACAUACGUAUCUGAAAAGAAAUGAGGACUUUACUGUCUAAUGAUUAUUGACAAUGAUUACUGAAAUGUUUCAAAUGAAGGCAUAUUUAUAUUCAUGUAUGCCCAGACAUUUGAGUGAGCAGUGUAUCCAUGCAAAUCUACUCUUAUGAGUGGGAGAGGGUUGAGACGAUUUGUAGUAUUUGUGUAAUCUUUGCAGAAUGUACAUUACAGAACCAAAGACAAUUCUUUUAAAUUCAGUGUGUCUGGAGACUGUUUGAGAGUCCACACUCAGUGUUCCUUUGUGUUAAGACUAACAAUUUUAAAUAGUAUUUCUACCCCACUGACAAGGUAUAAAAAGUAGAUAAAAGAAAAUGGAGAUCCAUUUAACACGCUCGAUAUCACGCUUACUUAAAUAUUGGGUGUUUGAAGAUGUUUUAUGUUAAGUAAAAAAAAAUAAAGAAUUUGCAGUUUUUAUGCACCAGAGCCAGGUGGCUGCCUACACAAGUUAAAAAGGGCCUAAAUUAUGCAAGGACUCUGCUUCUGUUUGUCAAUGUCUAGGACUUUGAUGAUGAGCAGAAUUAUCUCUGGUGGUCACAAAAAGAGAAAGAAGGAGUCAAGUAAUGAACAAUAAUCAAGUAAACUUGUGUGCUCGCUUCUAAAUUAAGCAAAUGAUCAGUAACUGUAAGCUGACGUGCAACUGGUUGCUCGGCAUCAAUUGAGAUUAAUUUGUCCUUACUUUGUCCUUACUAUGCACAUGGGCUUUCCUGCUUGUGCACAGGACAGGUGAAGGGGAGCGGGGUGGCGUGAGGAGGACAGUAUGUUAUAUAAAUCCACAGACCUCUUAGAAUGAAAGGCUUAAUUAAGGAUACAGAGGCUGCUCUGAUUCAGUGUGAUCGCUGGGUAAACUUUAGCUUUGCUGUGUGCUUUUGUUGAAGCUUUGGUAGCUUCUGAAAAAAGGAAUGGAAUAUUUUUGGUGUUGAGUUCAUAAAAUCCACUUAUAUUACAUACUGCAUUGAAAACAGCAUAAAACAUAUCUAUAGUUAUGACUUAGCAUGUAUAACACUUGCAGAAGUUUUGUCAUGUGAGUUGAUGCUGCAUUGUAUGCUGGGUAAUAAUAUGCUUCAGUGGAACAGCUGUUUAUUACACUGCUCUCCUCUGUCUUCUAUUAUGCAUGUGCCCCUUUAGAGAACCUAUGCAAUACCCAGCUCAUGUGUAUCCAUUGAUACUUUAUGCAACAUGUAACAUGACUUGAAUCUCCUGUGUGCAACUGUGUUACAGGCCACGGAAAUAGUUAGCUUAAACUUGCUAUGCAAAAUCCUUAAGAGUACCGGUGCGUCUGCUAUCAGUUUAGCUUUUUUUAUUAUCAUUAUUAUUAUUGUUAUGGUAAUUAUGGUCAAACUGAAUCCAAAUGUUACAAAAGGGAUUCGCUCUUUCAAAUGGUUUGAGUUUUUCCACAUAAAUAAACUGGUUUGUGGAUCUUUAAGAUAAUGGAUGCUUCAUAUUAUUAACAGCUUGUAUUUAAUCCUUUCAGUCAUUAUUAAAUAUUCAGUGCUGGAAUCGCUUGUGUGUGUUUUGUUUUUUGAUUUGAGACUUCAAGAAGAAUAUGACGAUCUGACCAGUGAUUUUUCACUUCUUUUCUGCAAUAUGAUAGACAAUGGAGGUGCUGUUUGACUAGCUGUUUUGGUUUAAUAAAUAGUUCAAAGAAACUAUUCUCUUAUUGCUUUUGUAAUAAUGACUUUAUAUUAAAAUAAUCCCCAGUGUUUCAUCGCCUGUA